UAUGACAGCAAACAAAUUUCAAAAUGAAAAACUGAAUAUCGAGGUACGAUAAAAAUACUGAGGUUGUUUUAUUUACUAAGAAUUGCGGGAAAAUCAUGGCAUCAAAUAUUGGUGAGCUUCUGUUGCUUUUUACAUUCCUAUCAAUUUUGGUUUCCUCAGUUUCUUAUUAUUAUGAGGCCGUUCUUGGGUUUGAAAACAAAGUGCCUAUUUUGGAACCAAUAGACAACAGAUACGCGGAUUCUGUAGUAAGAUGUGCCAUGUCCUGUGGUUCUGGAUGCAAAUGUUUUAACUUUAACCAUCAUACAGGAAUGUGCAUUUCCUAUCAUUCCUGCCAUGCCUUUAACAUGACAGUGAAUGAAUUGGGAUGGCAAUUGUACUACAGACCUCCUUUGAACACGCUUGAUUCUCUGCAGUUUUAUCGAAGUUGUUUGAAUGAAAACUACAUUUAUUAUGAAGAAAAUGUUGCAAAGAAUCUGUACUGUUUCAUCAAAUCUAGUACCAACUCGACAAAUGCCAAGGAGAAAUGCCACUCAUUUAGGUCACAUCUUCUUGAGAUUAACACCGAAGCAGAACAGAUCUGGAUCAAUGAUAAAGUGUCUGGUGGCGGAUGGUGGAUGGGGGGUGUACCUGUAACAGAUGAGAACGGAGUUAACUGGAUAUGGGAGAACUCCAGCACCCAAAUGAACUUUUCUAACUGGGAUUUAUAUCAGCCAAACAAUUUUGGUGAAGAGUGUGUGAUUAUGUCGGGUUCGGGUCGGUGGAGUGAUAUCAGUUGCACCUAUGCUUUUAAUAUAAUUUGUGAAAUGAGAUAUAAGUAGUAAAUAUCCAACUAUACUAAAUGGGUUAACUGGUAAUUUCUGGCAACCAUUUAUAUUCUUUAAACCUCUCUGUUUUCGCAUGGCGAUGGAAGCACAGUAUUUAUUUCAAUAAUAAUAUGCAUAUUUACUUACACAUUGUGUCUCAUAAUAUCUGCUGUUUAUUGAUUAAGUUAACUUGUACAAUAAGCUUUUCUUUCAUAUAACCCACUGUUAUUUUUACCUUAUGUGCCACAAAUACUAGAAGAAAAAAGGUACA